CUGUUUGAUUUUGCUUUUUGAAGUUUGAACCAGUCUAAAAACAAAGUCACUUGCGCCAUAUGUUUCCGAGUCAAAAGUUCUGAAUUAAUAUUACUUUCUGGUAUUUUGUGUUGAAAAUAUACUUCUUAAGCUCUAUUCGAGCCAUCAGAACAAGGAAAUUCAAUAGAAGAUAGAAAGUUUGAACUAUAGCUAAGAUGACUGAAACCACAGAAGUGCCAACCAGCUCUACUGACCUUCUUGCUGCUGGCCGCCGUGAUCUGGCUGUCCGGGAGUACACUUCUGCAGUUGAAAGUCUGGCAAAGGCUUGUGAAUUACUGGCUAAGGAACAUGGUGACUCUGCAGAUGAAUGUGCUGAGGCUUAUUUAUGGUAUGGUAAAGCUCUCCUUGGAUUAUCAAGGGAAGAAAGUGGUGUCCUUGGGGAUGGAAUGCCAGGAACAAAGAAUGGUGAGGAGGAAGGUGACAGUGAAGACCAAGAGGAAAAUGCUGAAGAAGUACCAGAAAAAGAUGAAAAAGGUCAAGGGGAUGAGGUUGAACCAAUGGAUUCAGAGCAAGCAGUUGAAUCAACAAGUCAAGAGGAAGCUUCUUCUUCAAAGGAAACUGAACAACCUGGUACAUCAAAUGGUGAUUUAAAUGAUGAAUCAAUGGCAAAUUUGGACAAUGAAGAUGAUGUAGAUAAUCUUCAGCUUGCUUGGGAAAUGUUAGAUCUCGCACGAAGCAUAUUGGAGCGCCGUGCGCAGUCAAACGCAGAGGGCGCUCGCUCUUUGUUAGCAGAUGUUCACCUCACAUUAGGAGAAGUUGCAUUGGAAAGUGAGACAUAUGACAAGGCCGUCAUUGAUAUGAUGAGCUGUUUGGAGAUUCAAAAGGAGCUGUACUCGAGUGACGAUCGACGCAUCGCAGAAACUCAUUAUCAAAUUGGUCUGGCCAAUUCUCUGGCCUCGAACUUUGAGGAGGCAAUAACGCACUUCAAAAAUGCAGCGAACAUUCUAGAAUCUCGUAUUAAGUCACUAGAGGGUCCUGAACCCACGGACGCAGCUCGAGCCGAGAUCAAAGAGCUGAAGGAACUAUUGCCCGAGAUACAAGACAAGAUUCAAGACAUGGUGGAGUAUAAGGCAGAGACUAUAAGAAGGGUGCGAGAAGCUCUGUUCCCAUCGAAUGGGGCAACAUCAUCACAGAGCAACGGGGCCAGCUCAUCGUCAGAUGCCAAGAAACCGGCCGCGUCAGACAUUUCCCACCUCAUCAAGAGGAAACGUAAACCUAGCGAAAGUGAGGAACCAGCAUCGAAGAAAAAGAAUACAUAAAACAGGACUUAACAAUUAAAAAUGGACUUGACAAGUUAGACAUUAACUCUUCUAUAAGGAAAUUGCUUUCGAAAAAUCAUAAAAGACUUCUGGAACAUAAAUGCUUAAUUAUGUAAACAUCUCAAUUGAAGCGUUUUUUACCUCUAACUUAUUAUUAACAAUAUUUGUAUAAUUAAAUGUUAAUUGGGUAUCUAAUUUUAUACCAUAAAUAUUUUCAUAUAUUCAGUACAUUUUGAAUUCCAUUUAAAAAUUAUAAUUUUAAGUUAACAAUUUUACACAGUUGGUCAAAAAUGUCUGCAAUUUUGUCUCUCAAUAGGUUUUAGGGGUUUGAGGUUGUGUAUAUUUUGACUUUUGUUUAAACUCAGCGCAAUUCGGCUUAUUAGUGAAAAUAAAUUAUUACUCGCUCGCGACCUUGAACUCUACGAUUCGGUAUUUAAUAUAUAGUAUUAAAAAAAUAUUGAAUAUUGUAAUACAAUCCCUAUACACAAUUAGCUAAGCAUUGUUUUCGGGAGAGGAGAGGUAUACAUUUUUGAUUUUAUUUUGUAAUUAUUUAGUAGAAUUUAAGUAUUGCGCAAUCUCCGAAAUUGAGUUAAAUUUUCUUGAAAUUCAAGUUUAGUAAUUUAAAUGACUGAUUAUAAGUUAUAAAGUUGAUAAACGAUUAUUAAAUAUAUUAUAUAAAAGUAUUUCAAAAUAUUUAAUAUUUGUCCAUUCAUAAAACUAUUUUAAAUUCUUAAUUGGAUACAAAUGAAAAAUGUUUUGAUUUGAACUUCAGACAAAUUUAUAUUGUAAAAUUGUGGGGUUUAUUUUAUUUCCUAAUUAUGAUAAUCUAAAGGAAUCGUAAAAUGUAAAAUAUUUGAUUAGAAAUUAACUUUAAACUGCUUUCCUAACGCCUUAUUUUAUGUUAACCUCAUUUGAUCGUAUUUUUUUCUGUACAAUAUUUACUCAAAGUAGACCUUGACUUAAACCAAAUUUCGUACCAGAACUAUCGUUGGAAAAAUUUCAUUGAAUUACUAUUAAGUUAGUAUAAAGGUAAUAGAUUGUAAUUUAUGUAAAUGAUUUAAGAUAAUAAAGUAUGACGCUAU